AUGUCGACCUCUGGUGAGCGCCGUGAAAUUGUAAUCAUUGGUGGCGGUAUCAUUGGAUGCUGCUCUGCCUAUUAUUUGACGAGACACCCAUCCUUCGAUCCCUCACGAGAUUCGGUGACUUUGAUAGAAGCCUCCGAGAUCGCAGGAGGAGCAUCGGGCAAGGCAGGAGGACUUUUGGCAUUGUGGGCUUACCCAAGCAACAUUGUACCGCUGAGCUUCCGGCUGCACGCGGACUUGGCUAAAGAACAUAACGGCAAGGAACGAUGGGGUUAUCGAGAAGUCGGCUGCGGGCACGUCAUGGUGAGAGGGCGUACCCUCAGUGAGAAGAAAGACACAAGCGGAAUAUCUCUACAAAAGCGAAGUGCCGAUGCCAUGGGGAAACUAAAAGCUGCCAAAUUUCCUGAAGACCUAGACUGGAUUGAACCUGAGCUGGUGAGAAGCUACAGGAGCAUGGGUGAUCCUGGGGAGACUGCGCAGGUUCAUCCUUAUCUCUUCACCACGUCCAUCGCUAAGCUUGCCGAAGAGAAAGGUGCAAAGAUUAUUUUGGGCUCCGUUACCGACAUUGUUCACACUGGAGAUGCUGUCAACUCCGUGACGUAUACCGAUAAGAAGACGGGUAAAUCGCACAAUGUCUCUGCAACAGACGUGAUUGUUGCUGCCGGCCCCUGGACGAGAUCGAUUCUGCCGCAAGCUCCUAUCGAGGCGACUCGCGCACACAGUGUUGUUAUCCGGCCCGUCAAGCCGGUCAGCGCGUACACCCUUUUCACUAAUAUCGAUAUCCCGGCCGACUUUGAUCCGGAAAAGCCUUCCCGGCCUGAUGUGGCAAUGCCAGAGAUCUACGCCCGCCCAGACGACACGGUCUAUGCCUGUGGUGAAGGCGAUGACGUCGUUCCGCUCCCGAAGACUACUGCGGAUGUCGAGGUGGAUCCAAAGCGAUGCCAGGAUAUCAUUAACUACGUCGGUAGCAUCUCCGAUCAACUCGGCAAUGGUGAGAUUUGCGCACAGCAGGCUUGCUACCUGCCUAAUGUGUCUAUCUCUCGCGUAGGUCCAUUGGUUGGCCAUGCUGGAACCAAGGGGUUGUACCUUGCUGCUGGCCACACAUGUUGGGGGAUCCAGAAUGCGCCGGGUACUGGCAAGCUCAUCAGCGAAUUUGUCUUUGAUGGCGAUGCUAAAAGCGCGGAGAUCAGCUCGCUCGAUCCAAGGGACUACCUUUAG